UGCCUUCCAACGACCAGAAUGAUAUUCUCUGCGGAAUAUGCUCCACAAUUUCCAUAGAUCCAUCGCUGGGCAUCGGGAUUCGAAGAAUAAUUCCAAUACGAAUCCACCGAUCUCCUCUGCGACUCCUCAUCUUCGUCAAAAUACCUUCUCUCGGCCAAGAAAUGACGAGCGAAGACGGCGACGAAUCCAUGGCUCUACUCGACUGCCACCGUCCCUUCGAGGGCCUUUCAUCGCCGCCUGUAAAGCCUAAAGGCGGUGCCUGGCUGCUCUCAUUCUUCCUCAGGGCUGUCGUGAUGGCGGUCGCCCUUGCUCUUUUCUUCAUAUUUGCUGGCAUCGCGGUAGUUUUCCUUCUUCUCCUGUGCCUUAUUGGAAGGAUUCUUCGUCGCCGUCGGAGGCUCUUCGAAGCCAUGGUCGGGCCGCCGGCGUUGGAAAGCUACGGCCUUUCUCCGGAAGAGCUGCGAUGCCUUCCCUGCUUCAGCUACUCUGGUCGACCGGAAGCUCAGGACUGUGCUGUGUGCCUGGAGGAGUUUCGGGAGGGUUGUUGGUGCAGGGCACUCCCAGGCUGCAACCAUGAAUUCCACAGGCUUUGCGUGGACCGGUGGCUGGAGAAAUCUCCACUGUGUCCUAUCUGCCGUUGCAGUGUUACGAAUUGGCCGCCCUUGAUAGGCCGCUAGGGUGUAUUCUGUAGUGUUGCUUCAGUGGUUUCAAGUAGUUUUGCUUCAGUGAGUGCAAGUAAAAGAGUUCUUUGAAUACCUUCUAACAAGCAGUGCUUAGCUUGAUAAUUUGGGAGAUAUCUUCUGUAAAUUCACUCAGUGUGAGAUUCAACUGGUUUGUAUAUAUGAGCUGGAAUUGCUGCUACUAUUCAUAUCUUCUGGUUGCAGAUGAUAUUGAGGUUUCGUUUGGGACGACUUUCUUAUUGCUUCUUAAAGCAACUUUCUAGUAUAAAAUUUUUAAUUUUUAUACUAAAAAGCUGCGUUAAGAAAAAACAAAAAAGCCGUCCCAAACGAAGUCUGAGUCAAGUCCGAGCAAGCCGACUGCAAUUCAAAUUAGAAGUUCUAUUCUGGUGAUCAGUCAAAUUCAAGUUAA